AUGAUCCUCUAUGUUAUAGCCCCUUAUAUUACUCGUAUGAUCCUCUAUGUUAUAGCCCCUUAUAUUACUCGUAUGAUCCUCUAUGUUAUAGCCCCUUAUAUUACUCGUAUGAUCCUCUAUGUUAUAGCCCCUUAUAUUACUCGUAUGAUCCUCUAUGUUAUAGCCCCUUAUAUUACUCGUAUGAUCCUCUAUGUUAUAGCCCCUUAUAUUACUCGUAUGAUCCUCUAUGUUAUAGCCCCUUAUAUUACUCGUAUGAUCCUCUAUGUUAUAGCCCCUUAUAUUACUCGUAUGAUCCUCUAUGUUAUAGCCCCUUAUAUUACUCGUAUGAUCCUCUAUGUUAUAGCCCCUUAUAUUACUCGUAUGAUCCUCUAUGUUAUAGCCCCUUAUAUUACUCGUAUGAUCCUCUAUGUAGUUUUAGCCCCUUAUAUUACUCGUAUGAUCCUCUAUGUUAUAGCCCCUUAUAUUACUCGUAUGAUCCUCUAUGUUAUAGCCCCUUAUAUUACUCGUAUGAUCCUCUAUGUUAUAGCCCCUUAUAUUACUCGUAUGAUCCUCUAUGUUAUAGCCCCUUAUAUUACUCGUAUGAUCCUCUAUGUUAUAGCCCCUUAUAUUACUCGUAUGAUCCUCUAUGUUAUAGCCCCUUAUAUUACUCGUAUGAUCCUCUAUGUUAUAGCCCCUUAUAUUACUCGUAUGAUCCUCUAUGUUAUAGCCCCUUAUAUUACUCGUAUGAUCCUCUAUGUUAUAGCCCCUUAUAUUACUCGUAUGAUCCUCUAUGUUAUAGCCCCUUAUAUUACUCGUAUGAUCCUCUAUGUUAUAGCCCCUUAUAUUACUCGUAUGAUCCUCUAUGUUAUAGCCCCUUAUAUUACUCGUAUGAUCCUCUAUGUUAUAGCCCCUUAUAUUACUCGUAUGAUCCUCUAUGUUAUAGCCCCUUAUAUUACUCGUAUGAUCCUCUAUGUUAUAGCCCCUUAUAUUACUCGUAUGAUCCUCUAUGUUAUAGCCCCUUAUAUUACUCGUAUGAUCCUCUAUGUUAUAGCCCCUUAUAUUACUCGUAUGAUCCUCUAUGUUAUAGCCCCUUAUAUUACUCGUAUGAUCCUCUAUGUUAUAGCCCCUUAUAUUACUCGUAUGAUCCUCUUCGUUGUAACACUUUAUGCUCCUCUAUAUUGUAACCCCUGUAUGCUCCUCUAUAUUGUAACCCCUGUAUGCUCCCUUUUAUUGUAA